CAACUUCUAGUUUUCUACCUUUGAAUUGUCGUAAUCCCAUGGCUGUAUUAUUCCUUAUUGUUGUCAGUCACUUUUUCGAUUAAGUGUCAAGACGGUUUGCCAAUACAAGAGAUUUUAUAGGUGCUUUUUGAAGCCACCUAAGAAUAACAGUUUUGGGAUCUUAAAAAAAAAUAAACAAACAUAUGAGCUGCUGAUAGGAUGGAUUUCACAGUACCACGAACAUACUAUCCAGAAUGGUGGAAUAUCAAUACACAUCGUUGCAAUCAUAUCAACAGACCACCUUUUAACCAGGAGUUAUAUGGAUACGGUCGUUGUUUUACCGCUGACUGGGCUCGUAUUGGCUCUGUUAGCAUAAAUAAUAUCUCUGAUAAUGUUCAGAUUGAUAGUCAAAUGUCUACAAAAUUAGUUGGAAAACUUCAAUAUUAUUCUAAACCUAUUCCAUUGUUACCAGUACAUUAUUCAUCUUCCACAUCGGAAACCGAAAAAUCUUCAUUGAAUUCUAAACAACAACAUCAAGGCGGAGGAGGCGGCGAAGAAGAAGAAGGAGUAGGCGACGAAGAAGAAGAUGUGACAAAAGGCAAAUCUAAGCAACCAAUCGAUGCAUCCACUGUACGAGAUUAUGGCUAUGAAUAUUUAUUGAAUGAUUAUAUUCUAGGUGAACAAGCAUCGGCUGCAUUUCUAUGCGGUAAAUUGCAAGGUCUAUUACGUGCUAAUGUUUUCAAAUUUAUACAAACUAAUCAGAGUAUCAAUGAAACAAAUACUACUACUACUACUAAUAAUAAUAAUAAUAGUGUUCCUGAUGUUAAUAAAUAUCAUUGUGUUUCACAGAUUAUUGAAAAUUUGUUUAAAUUAUCUGAAAAAGGAUUGAAUGAAUGCGAUACAAUUGAUUCACAGAAUAAAUUAAUUGAAACAAUACAAAAUCUGAUUGUUUCUUGUACAGAAUCAACAGAUUCUUUCCCUGGAACACAUAAUUCCACUGCCACUUCCAAGUUGAAACAACCAUCAACAAAACGACGUCGAUUAACCAACAAUUUGUCAAAAUCAAUCAAAUCUAGCACUACUGAUAUUAUGAAUGAAGGUGUGGAGAAUGGUGCGCAGGAGAAACCGAAACAAUUACUCCCUUGUACUAUAGGUAAACUUCUUUAUCCAGUGAAUUCAUCAUUAUCCUCAGCUGAACCAUCAUCAUCAUCAUCAUCGACAGCCUUGUGUAAGUCACCGACUACAGACUACAAUAGACUUUUGGCAUCAUUUGAUCCAUUAGUAAUCCGAUUAGCUAGUCGAAUUGUUAAUCCAAAUUAUCUUGGCAAUGGUUUAUUAUGUAAUGUAAGCAAACAUCAUUACUAUCCAUCAUCAUCUUGUACAAAUCAUAGCGAUAUUCUCUUGUGGUAUUCACUCCAAACCAAAUCUCUUUGUCUGGGGAAAAUAUCAAAUCUAUUAAAAACAAAUGUACAUGAAUCAAAUCGUUUUACAACACUUCCAAUCCCAUUGACAAAACUUUCAUCUAGAUUAUUUUGUGAAUUCGAUGCUUGUUUUAAUGAGACAAAUGAAAAAAUCAAUGCAGUUGGUCGAUUCUUACCAACAUCAUCAUCAUCAUCAGAUAAUAAGAAAAAUGUGGUGUGUAUGCAAAUUAAACUUAACAAGUCGAAUUUAUCUCAUUCACGUAUUAAAUAUAUGCAAACAGUACGUUUAUCAUCAAGGAAUUAUAUUACCAGUGUUUGUAUGAGUCGAUGGAUUCCAGGAGAAUGGUGUAUAGCUGGUAAUUAUUUAGAUGAAAGCAAUGAUCGUAAAGCAAGUAUUUGGUUGUAUAAUUCUGAAGAUACUCGUUUACCUAUAUGGUCUGGUCAAAUCAAUUUAGGCAAUUAUAUGGAGACUAUGACAAAAGAAAACGCAUUGUGUUUAGAUAGUGCAGUCCCGUUGUCUUCAACAACAACCUCAUCCUCAUCGUCAUCAUCAUCGAAACAAGAUCUGGUUCAAUCAGAUAUUCAAUCUUAUUGUACAUAUACAUCACGAAAACAACUUCUACGUCAAUAUUAUCCCAACUAUUAUUGGGUACGUGUAGGAUUUGGAAGUUAUCCUGGUGAGUUGUAUUUAACAACUACACGUCGUAUUUUAAUUUUUGAUACACGUACAACAUCAUCAAGUGCUUAUCAAUUGUUUAACACAACAGAACGUUCAUCUUUAUUUAAUUCAAAUGAUCAUAUUACAUAUUGUCCACCUAAAUGGAUUGGUGAUGUCUAUGUUUUAGCUGGUUGUUAUUAUAGUAUGAUUCUUUUAGAUAAACGUAUGCCUAAUCGUACUGUCUUACACUGGUCACAUAAUCUUGCUAAACCAGUCGCAUAUUUAAAUUGGACAGAAAUCAAUAAUCAACAUGAUCAAUCAACUUAUGAUCAUCUACCACACUAUCUUAUUUCUAUGACAUCACAAUAUCCAUCAGAUAUGUGUACAUUUGGAUUGAAUUUUAAUACUACCACUGGUCCACAAUAUAUUGGUCCAUCUAUAUCUAGUCUACCAUUGACUAGUUUAGUAUCAACAUAUCAAUCAGAUAAUGAUCAAUUUGAAUUUUAUAAUCAAAAUCCACAACUAAAAGAACGUUUACAAAGUUCUAUAUGUGGAAUUAGUACAUAUUAUUCAAUAGAUGAUGAUAUGAAAAAUCAAUUUCAUACAUUGGUACUUACAUCUCAUGGUGAUUUAUUUGAUUAUUGUGCUCAUUUGACAUCAUCAUCGUCAUCAAACACGUCGCCUAGUCAUGAUGUUGUAAGCGAGAGUAAUCAAGUAAAAAAAAAUCAAAAUAUUAUUACAAAUUGGUUAACUGAACUUAGUUAUAAAUCAGAAAACAAUGACAUCCUGUCGAAAUCAUUACAACAAUACACCAAUAAUCAUUCAGGUAAUUUAAAUCUAUGCAAUAUAAUGUCAUCUGAACAACAAGAAAUAACGCAUGACUUGAAUGAUACAUCAAUUCAAACGAACAGUCCAAUCAAUGACGAUGAUGAUGAUGAUGAUCAGAGUACAUCUAAUCAUAUAGAUUAUUUCACUUUAAAGCAACAUUUACAUCAAUCAGAAUUAUUUAUCAAUAAUUAUGAUAGUACAUCAAAAUAUUUAUUAAAUGAUUUACAAUCCAUUUGGAAUUAUACACAAAAUGAUGAUGUGGAGAAAUUUAAAUAUUGUGAUGAAUCAUCAUUAUCUGAAUAUAAUUCUUUGUUUAUUAAUCAUUUAACUGAGAAUCGUUUACAAGAAGAAAGAAUUCAUCAGAAGAAAUUAAUUCAUAUGAAUGCUUUAGAUCAAUUAUUUGAAGAACGUUUAAUUAAAUUAAAACAAUUAUAUUUUACUACUGAUAAUAAUUGUGCUCAAUCUGUAAAUAAUGUUGACAAUAGUAAUGAUAAUAGUAAUCAUCAUAAACGAUGGCCAUGUGUAUUAACACCAACUAUACCUGAUCAUUCUAUACCGUCAUCAUUUACUCAAUCGGAAUAUUAUACUGUUGAAGAAUUUUAAAAAGUUU